UCCCAGCUGUUGCAUUUGUUCAUCGGAAAAUUGUUGAUGAUCCAACCAUGAGCCUGGCACGUCAAACUUUGGCCGUUGACGGAAAUCUGCUCCCGCCUCCCAUAGAAACCACGGAUGCCUCCUCGCGCGCGGCGCGAAAUCACGAGUUCACGACUACACGAGGGCCUUGUGGUCACCGUCGCCGGCCACCGCGCGCGCGAUCUCUCUUUUUUCCAGCCGCCGUCCAUGCUUCUCCUCGCGCCGUUGCUUCUUCAGCCGAAGAAGCGUCACGAUUCUUACUUCUGCGCAGUUGAUAUGCAGUAGUUUGGCCCUCACAUGCUCUAUCUUUCUCAUUUCCUCGAUCGCUCACGCUGUUACUCUUUUCCAUGCAUGCGUGCGACCAGGAGAAGGCUCCAGCGACGCCGUCGUCCAAGAGCCGUUCGCCACCACGCCUACUUCGCCGGCUGCCCUCGCCGCCGGCGCCGUGUCGAAUCCGGCGCUAACACCAGCAGCAGUGUCCAUGUCCUUCUACGACGUGAACGCUGGCGAGCAGCCGAGCCGAGAGGACGAAGCCCCGGAGGAGGUGGUAGAGGCCGCUGUGGCGAACGGAGCACCGACGGCCGUGGAGAAGCAUAAUAAGCUGUACUCUCCCGCAGAAACGCCGGCGGGGAGUGGGACGCGGCCGCACCCAACCGCGGACGCCGUCGCCGAGACGGCGGGGGCGGCGCCCGAUGACGUCGACGGGUGCACGACGCCGCCGCCGCCGCCGGUGCACGACUCGGAGGGGUCCGACACGCAGAGCGCGGACGAUCACGGCAGCCCACAGAGGGAGAAGCCAAGGACGACAUCGACGGCCGGGGGCGUGAAGCGGGACGUGGCUCCCUCCUGGUCGUCGAGGCUGCUCGCGUUCCGGUCGUUCUCGCGGGACAAGAAGGCGAAGGCAACCGUGGACGCGCGGCCGCCGGCGCACGGCAAGGCGCGGGAUGAGGGCGAUGAGCACAAGGAGAAGGGCAAGGAGAGGCGGAAACGGUUUUGGAAGUGAAGGUGGCAUUGAUGCAUGCACAGUUGAUUUUCUUUGAUUGAUUUGUUUGCACUCCAUGAAAUAAGUGAGGGCUGUGAUAGUGUAAUUGUGAUAUUACAGAGUACUAAUAUAUAAUCAUUCUUUGAUGCAAUCCGUGUUUUGUAAUCCUAA